AUGGGCGUGUCCCUCGUACUAAAGUCAGACCUGACUGAUUACCCUGCGUCCGGCCUGGCAGAGGACUCCGGGUUCGUGGUGGACGUGCACAGUCCGUACGCUCUCCCCAAUGUCUAUGGCACGGGGUUCCUGGUAGCUCCUGAGACCUCCACGAGAGUGUCUGUCACGACGAGGAGAGUGAAGCGACAACCUGCUCCGUACACGUCAAAGUGCUUCUCCUCGUGGACAGGCACAGGCUUCCACCCGCUGAUUUUGGUUACGAACGAGACUUUCACAUCCUCGAAUGAAGUGUAUACGCAGAGGGAAUGCGGAGAAAUGUGUGCAAGUCGCCUGCUAAUGAAGGCGUGUGGUUGUUUUGUCACUGAUCUCAGAAUCAAUUACAAUGUGACCAGAGGUGACCUGCCAGGCCCCGCUCCUCUCUGGGCCAAGAACUUCCCAAAAUGUGGCAUAGAGCACAGGAACUGUACUGACCAGCAGAUGACCAACAUGGAGGAUUGUGAAUGCAAGAUAGAGUGCGAUUCUAUAGAGUUCACUAGGAGCUUAUCUUCUGCACCUUUCCCCACACCUAAUUAUAAGCCAACUUUCCAGAAGAAUUACGGUAUAUCUUCGUCUGAAACCCCGGCAAUACUACAGAUUUACUUCAGUACCUUGGAAGAGGAAAUUCACUCAGAGGUUCCGCAGUUCAAAGAUAUUUCCGCCUUGUUUUCGGCCGUGGGGGGAAUCCUUGGCCUGUACCUCGGCUUGUCAUUACUCGUUUUUGCCGAGUUAGUGCAACUUCUCGCUCACGUCCUUCUCUGUUUAUUAAUGCGGCACACUUUCCUCUUAGAUAUUGCAAGAUACAACAUAUUUGGCACAAUCACGUUACCAAAUAGACAUUUCUUACAAGGUAUUUUUGUCCUGAAGUCUUAA